UGCGCGGACGGUCCGCUGUUCCGGGUAAACGCCGCCUCCACCGGGCCGCUCUCCGCUGCGCCGGUCACUGCGCUGAGAACACGUCCAUGCACGCUGGAGCAGACGGAGACACGCCGGGAGGACGAGCAGCCGCCGGGGGAGACAUGCGAGAUGACCCGGGACAGACCGAGCGCCGAGGCCAGUGACGUCAUGUCGGUCCGGAGCCCGCACGGCCGCGGAAAAGCCCGAGUGGCUCACGCGGUGGUGGUGAUCUUCCUGGAGUUCUUCGCCUGGGGGCUACUGACCACGCCCAUGCUAACCGUCCUCCAUGAGACGUUUCCUCAGCACACCUUCCUGAUGAACGGCCUGGUUCACGGUGUGAAGGGCUUCCUGUCGUUUCUGUCGGCUCCUCUGAUUGGUGCCCUGUCGGACAUCUGGGGCAGGAAGUCCUUCCUCCUCAUGACGGUCUUCUUCACCUGCGCCCCCAUCCCCUUCAUGAGGAUCAGCCCCUGGUGGUACUUCGCUCUGAUCUCAGUCUCAGGGAUCUUCGCCGUGACCUUCUCGGUGAUCUUCGCCUACGUGGCCGACAUCACGGAGGAGCAUGAGAGGAGCACCGCCUACGGACUGGUCUCGGCGACCUUCGCUGCCAGCCUGGUGACGAGUCCGGCCAUCGGGGCCUACCUGUCGGCUCAGUACGGAGACAGCCUGGUGGUCCUGAUCGCCACGGUGAUCAGCGUGGUGGACAUCGCCUUCGUGUUCUUCGUGGUCCCCGAGUCGCUGCCGGACAAGAUGAGGCUGACGUCCUGGGGCUUCCCCAUCUCCUGGGAGCAGGCCGACCCGUUCGCCUCUCUGCGUCGUGUGGGUAAAGACAGCACAGUGCUGCUGAUCUGUGUCACUGUGUUCCUGUCCUACCUGCCUGAGGCCGGACAGUACUCCAGCUUCUUCCUCUACCUGAGACAGGUGAUAGAGUUUUCUCCUGCAACCAUCGCUGCCUUCAUCGCCAUGGUGGGAAUCCUCUCCAUCGUCGCUCAGACUCUGUUCCUCAGUGUUCUGAUGAGGACCAUUGGUAAUAAGAACACAGUUCUUCUGGGUCUGGGCUUCCAGCUCUUCCAGCUGGCCUGGUACGGCUUCGGCUCAGAGCCCUGGAUGAUGUGGGCAGCAGGAACAGUAGCAGCCAUGUCCUCCAUCACUUUCCCAGCAGUCUCUGCUCUGGUGUCACACUGUGCAUCAGCGGACCAGCAAGGUGUGGCCCAGGGGAUGAUCACAGGUAUCCGAGGUCUCUGUAACGGUUUGGGUCCGGCUCUCUACGGCUUCAUCUUCUUCCUCUUCAACGUGGAGCUGAACGACAUGCAGCCGGUGGCAGGACGACAGAGCCCCGAGAAGUCGAUGAUCCCCGGUCCUCCCUUCCUGUUCGGAGCGUGUGCCGUCUUAUUCGCUCUCCUCGUCGCCAUCUUCAUCCCUGAUCACCGAUUGACCGACGUCAAGACAUGCAAGUCCAGCAGCUCUUCUGCCGCACACGCUCAGAGCGCGGGCCCUCUGGUCACGCCCGCCAGCGACGCGGAGGACAUCGAGCCACUCCUACAGGACAGCAGCUUGUGACUCUGACGGCCAAUCACAGCCCAGUGGCCGUGAGCACCGCCUACUAGUCCCGCCCCCUUACAGAAUAAAACUUUU